AUGGAAGGUGAAAACUCUGUGUACUACAAAGACUAUGAGCAGGUUGGUGAUGUGUUGCUCAAACCAAGUGUAACAGAGUCUAUGUUUACAGCAUGGUUCGAAGCAAACAAAACUUAUGAAGAAGCAACAUUACUAACUUAUGGGGACUUUGUUUCUAAAUUUGUUUAUCAUAAACGAAGUCGAAGUUGGAAACCAAGGAAACGAGGGUAUACCAUUGGUCGACUCAUUUGGGUUCCUCAAAGCACUGGCGAGUUGUUUUAUUUAAGGAUGAUGCUCACUGUCAAAAAAGGUCUGUUAUGCUAUCAAGACAUCAAGACGGUUGACGGUAAGAAGCUAAAAACUUUUAGAGAUGCAUGCUUUGCAAUGAGAUUUUUACAAGAUGAUCGUGAAUUUGUCGAGGCCAUCAAAGAGGCACAUCAGUGGGGUUCAGGUCAUUUUUUACGCAAGCUAUAUGUUACCAUGUUACUAUCUUCAUCGAUGAAUAGACCCGAACAUGUUUGGAGAAAGACUUGGAUGUAUUUAUCAGAUGGCAUUCUUUAUGAUCAAGGAGUCUUCGCAAGAGAUCAAGGUCUGACAAUGAGUGAUGCCGAACUAAAAGAACGGACACUCAUGGCUAUUGAAACACUAUUGCAAAAUAAUAAUCGAACUUUGAAGGACUUCAAGACAAUGCCAUAUCCGAAAGAUUAUGUCGAAUCCUUUACAGGAAAUCGACUCCUUUAUGAUGAACGUCAAUAUGAUGUUCUUGCUCAACAACAACUCUUUGAAAGUCUCUACGCUUCUCUUACAGACGAACAAAGAAGCAUCUUUGAGGAAAUCAUUGAUGCUGUAGAAAAGCAGGAAGGCGGAGUUUUUUUUUUAUAUGGCUACGGUGGCACUUGUAAAACCUUCAUGUGGAACACUCUAUCAGCAGCACUUAGGUCUAAGAAAAAAAUUGUUUUGCCGGUUGCUUUAAGUGGGAUUGCAAGUUUGUUGUUACCAGGUGGAAGAACAGCUCAUUCUAGAUUUAAGAUUCCUGUCCCUACUUUAGAAACUUCUAUAUGCAACAUUGAAAAACAAGAUGAUCUUGCUGAGCUUCUAAAGAUGACAGAUCUAAUCAUAUGGGAUGAGGCUCCUAUGGCUAACAAGUUUUGCUUUGAAUCACUCGACAAAUCCUUGAGAGAUAUUAUGAGUGGAACCACACAUGCAUCUAAAAGAGUUUUUGGAGGAAAGGUUGUUGUGUUUGGAGGUGACUUCAGACAAAUUCUCCCUGUUAUACCAAGAGGUACUAGAUCUGAUAUUAUCCAUGCAACAAUCAAUGCUUCUUACAUUUGGGAUCAUUGUAAAGUCUUGAGGCUCACAAAGAACAUGCGCUUGCAAACUGGUCAACCUACUUCUACAGCUGAUGACAUAAGGAGUUUUUCUGAGUGGAUUUUAAAAAUUGGAGAUGGGACCAUGUGUGAGCCAAAUGAUGGCUACGCUGAUAUUUGUAUUCCAUAUGAGUUCUUAAUUUCUAACUUUUCAGAUCCGAUUAAGGGAAUUGUUGAAGAUACGUACCCUGAUCUCAUUCAUAACUAUCUUGAUUCCAAUUAUCUUCAAAGUCGUGCGAUCUUAGCUUCAACAAUCGAAGUAGUCGAUGAUAUCAACCAAUAUAUAACAAACCUUCUUCCAGGAGAAGAGAAAGAAUACUUUAGCAGUGAUUCUACUGAUAAAUCUGAUGCAAAUAGCUUUGAUGCAUAUGAGCACGUAACACCCGAGUUCCUAAAUGCUCUUAAGACUUCGGGAUUGCCGAACCAUUCAAUAAAGUUAAAAGUUGGGGCCACUAUUAUGUUAAUGCGCAACCUAGACCAAUCUGAAGGUUUGUGCAAUGGUACAAGGCUAACUGUUACCAGGCUUGCUGCUCAUGUCAUUGAAGCUAAGAUCAUUUCUGGAAAAAAUGUUGGUAACUUAUUUUAUAUUCCUAGAAUGUCUUUGUCCCCUUCACAAUCACCAUGGCCAUUUAAACUGGUGAGACGUCAAUUUCCAAUUAUUGUUUCCUUUGCCAUGACUAUUAACAAGUCUCAAGCCAAUCACUUGACAAUGUUGGUUUGUACUUGCCAAAAGAAGUUUUUAGUCAUGGGCAAUUAUACGUGGCUAUCUCAAGAGUCAAAUCCAAAAAGGGAUUAA